AUGGGGUGCUGCAACUCGAAGGAGACGAAGAAACCGAAGGAGGAAGUGCUGCAGCGGGAGGCUCAGUAUGCGAAGGUGUCAAGUGAGACGGAUAGUGUGGAAGAGCAGCCCAAUAUUGAGGCUAGAGUGGCGAGUGUGGUGAAGGAUCUGCGCGCUGAGCGCAUCGACGCCAUCUGCGCCCACAGUCAUGCCUGUCCCUACCGCUAUAACGCCUGCACUGUCGUGGGCGGAGAAGUGAAGUUCUACUUCGAGGGUGGCAUCAUUUUCUGCAUCGUGAAGGAGGGCUCGUGGUACAUCUACAACGACUCCCUUGACUACGAGGCGCAUGUGACCGUACGCUUCGGCCCGGGCUCGAAUAUCGCUGCUGGACAGCGGGCAGAGCUGGGGGAGGUAGAGGAUGGCUGGACGUGCAUACGCGCCAUCGUGUACCCGCUGGAGACGGUGCAUUUGGUCUCCGGCACCGCCAACGGCUACAAGACCCACAUCACUAUCAAGCCCCUCAAUGAACAGUACCGUCACGAGGCGUGUGCGGCUGCCAACGGCACUGCCGAAGCGGAGACAGAGGCCGUUCGAUCUCUUGUCACCGAAGGGAUGGACGAGGAGGCGAUUCUGCACCGCUGCGUGGAGACAACAACGCCUUACGUCGACCUGACGUUCCCGCCGAACGGCGAGGCCGUCGCACGCGCCGGCAGGGACACCCGCACCAUCCCCGAGGUGGCCAUGAUGCGCCCGACACAGUACCUGCUGGAUAAUAACUGCCUUUCGGUGAACGACAUUUGCGGGCCAGUGCUGGCCCUGUCCAUCGAACCGGGAAACCUCGGCGACUCGUGGUUUAUGUGCGCUGUGGCCAUCAUGGCGGAGAAUGAGGCGGCGGUCCGAAGCAUUUUCGCACAGGGCUCACCGGCGGAGAAGGCGGUGGGUGCGUACCGCGUGCUGGUCAACAAAAACGGCUGGUGGCACACUCUCAUUAUGGACGACUACUUGCCCACGUUCAACCGCAUGCCUGUGUUUGCGCGCUCGUACGACAAUCCGGCGGAGGUGUGGACCUCGUUGCUGCAAAAGGCGUAUGCGAAGCUGCACGGCUCCUAUGCCGCAAUCACCGGCGGCGACACUUUGCAGGCGCUCGCGGACUUGAGCGGCGCGCCGAUGUGCCGUUUCGACAAGGAGUGGGAGGAGGCAACGACGGACGCGGAAAAGGCAGACACACUGGCCAAUGCGCUGGUGCAGUUUUCCCGCUCUGGCGCCUGUGUUGUGCUCAGCACUCCAGGCCACAAUUCAGAGAGCUACCUGGGCCGCAGUCAGGCGAGCGAUGCGGCGGCGUUCCGCGCCCGCUACAAGAAGGUUGGCUUACAUGUCGGCUACACGUACUCCUUAGAGCGCGUUGUGAUGGUCGAGGAGUGCGGCACCCUGCUGUUCAAGGUGCGCAACCCUUGGCGCUCGUCGAGCAAGUGGACUGGACCAUGGAGCUACGGUUCGAGGGAGUGGGAUGAGAAUCAGGAUGCCUGCCUCCUCUGCGGCGCCCAGAAGGACCCGCAGGAUGGCAGUUUCUGGAUGUGCUGGGAUGACGCCAGCCGGUACUUCGACGGAGGCGGUGUUCUGUUUGCGAACCCCGACGCGGUGGACUACCGUGUGAAGGGCGUGUUUUGCAAGACGAUCCCAAGCGCGGUUCUUGAAAUCACGGCGUCGGAGUCCACCCAGGUGUUCUUCACCCUCUCGCAACCCGACAAGCGCGGCGUGGACCGUAAGGAGGGCGCGGCGCUCUUUGCUCCGAUUAUGCUCACCGUGUCCAAGGAGGAGGACGGCGUGCAGCGGGUGCAGAAGAACACCAGCUGGAACCCGACGAUGCCCUCUGAGGAGUUCAACUUUGUUGUCGGCCGUGACGUCUCCAUGUGGUUCACGCUGGGGGCCGAGGAGAAGUACCUGGUUGUGCCGCGCAUACACUCCAAGGGCGUCAAGAGCGACUACGAUCGACCGUACGUGAUCAGCAUAAUGUCGACCGAUAAGUUGGAGGGCAACGUUCGGGUGGAAGCGAAGCACAUUCACAGCGACUCGAAGGUGUUCACGAACUAUAUCGCCUACGAUUCGGAGGAGCUGCCCUCGGUCAAGGUGGAGAACCAGGUGAGGCUUCCUGGCAAGGCCCCCGUGACGUACGUGUCCGCCACGGUGAUUUGA